UCAAUAAACAAAAAGUUUGAAACCCCACACCACACACUCGUUCAUCCCUUCCCCUGACUCCUCAGUCAGUUAGCCCUCCCUUUGCUUCCUCCGACCAUAAUUCCACCCUCAGGCACCAGAAAAGAAAGAAAAGUUCACCUCCUUCCUUCUCCUUACUCCAUCAUCAUAAUUCGUACACUACAUUCUAGUUAUAUCCAUUCCCUUCGCUCAAAUAGCAGUAAGCACUCAUGGCUUCAACAACCUCCUCGCUUCUCCACAUUCUCCUCCUCCUCCUCCUCUUAAGCCAUCCAUCCGAGCAGCAACAAACCUCUUCUCUCAGUCCCUCAGACAAGGCUGCCCUCUUUGACAUUAGAAGCAACCUCCGAGACCUCCCCGGCUCCAACUUCUUCUCCACUUGGGACUUCGCCAGCGACCCCUGCGCUACCUUCGCUGGCGUCAUUUGCUCCCCUGACGACGAGCAGGGCACCCAAUCCCUCCGGGUCUCCGUCCUCACUCUCGGCACCGGCCUCGCCGACUCCCCCGGCCUCACCGGCAUCCUCUCCCCCUCCCUCGCCAACCUCACCGCCCUCACCGACCUCGUCGUCUAUGCCGGCCGCAUUUACGGCCCGAUCCCCCCCAACAUCGGCACCCGCCUCCGCCGCCUCCGCCUCGUCUCCAUCUCCAACAAUCCCAUUUGCGGUCCAAUUCCGGUCUCCCUCGCCGGCCUCCCUGACCUCCACACCCUCGACCUCGGUCACAACAAGCUCCAGGGCCCGAUCCCAACUCCUCUUCUCCUCCCCUCCUCUCCAAACCUUAAAGUUCUGAUCCUCGCCGCCAACGGCGGGCUUUCCGGCGAGCUCCCGCCCGGGAUCUCCACCGCCCAGCUCCUUCACCUCGACCUCCGUGGCAACUACCUCACCGGUGCCCUCCCGCGGCUCCCUUCCACACUCCGCUACCUCUCCGCCUCCGACAACGCCCUGUCCGGUACGCUUGACAACGCCUUCGCCGCCCAGCUCCCGGACCUCGCCUUCCUCGACCUCUCCAUGAACGCCUUUACCGGCCCGAUCCCGCCGGCGCUCUUCGCCCUACCCCGCCUGUCCUCCAUCCUCCUCCAGCGCAACAACCUCUCCGGCCCGCUCGCCGUACCUCCGCCAGGCGGGGAGGCGCCGCCGUCCUGGGCGGUGGUGGAUCUGAGCCACAACGUGCUGACUGGGGAAGUGCCGGCGGCGCUCGCGGCGGCGGGCAGCCUGUUCCUGAACAACAACCGGCUGACGGGGGCAGUGCCGAAGGAGGUGGCGAGGAGCGUGUACGUGGGGAGCAUGACCACCCUCUACGCCCAGCACAACUACCUCACCUCUUUCCCGGCGCAGCCGCUCCCCCUGCCGGACUCCGUCGCCCUCUGCCUCUCCUAUAACUGCAUGUCCCUCACCUCAGCCGCCGCCGCCGGGUGUCCCGGGAGCGCCGGCACCCAGCCGUCCCGGCCCUCGUACCAAUGCUCCAACAUCACCAUUGCCGUGACCGGUGGCCGCGAUGGCUGAGAGGGGGACCGGCAGAUUCAAUUCAAAAAACUGAUUUUGGUUUCUUCUGUUAUUUGUUUGUUCAGAUUCGAUUUGAAUUUGGGAUCCAUUUUUUGUGCUCUGUUUGUUGUU